UGGCGGAUGAGCACACUUUCAUGAAUGAAUGAGCGGUUUCAGCACAGGAAUUCCCCGGAGACAACUGAAGAGGCCAGAGGCUGUCUCAGAAAUAUAACCAUCGCCUGGAUAUUAAACGCACCAUCUCUUCUCGCAGCACGAGAAAAGAGGUCCACGCGAAAGGAUAGCAUCUCGAAAUAUGAAACACCGUCAUAGAGAGAGUGGUUUCAUUGGUCAAUGUGAAUUAAGCUUCGCAGCGACUUUGUGGGACCUACUCUGCGCAGUAUGGCUUUGUUUCUGUCAUUGCAAAAUACUUCACGUACUCACCAUGUCUCACGGUCUUAAAGUUCAGGGAGUUGUGCUCUUAUUAGAAUGGCUACCUUUUGCUUGCACUUAAGGGAUGGCAAGUUUUCAUCACCCGCACCUGGACUUUCGGAGACUUCUACAGAAACUACUGGUCAUGUUCUCCAUUGGAAUCGUUUGCGUUUCUCUAUUUUACUUUCUUGCUGGCUGCUGUGAGUCUGAGGUGGUGGAAGAAGCUGACAUGAGGCAUUACAGUCACCUGUCCUUAGCGGGAUGGCAUCACGAAAAGAAUGGAUCACUUGACACGAACUUCAUAACCGUCCCAAACUUGGUAGCGGGGUCCCCUAGUGCUGAAGAAUCAAGUGCGCCAGGGUGGGAAGCGAAUGGUUUAGGGAAAGAUUGGACAGCGGUUCGGAGAUUGCCUCAAGCUCUUAUCAUAGGAGUUAAAAAAGGUGGAACACGAGCUCUGCUAGAAUUUCUGAGACUGCACCCUGAUAUCAGAGCUUUGGGGUCAGAGCCUCAUUUCUUCGACAGACAUUAUUCACGCGGGCUAAACUGGUACAGGAGCAUAAUGCCAAAGGCCUUGGAUGGACAGAUAGUUAUGGAAAAGACGCCUAGGUACUUCGUCACAGCUGAGACACCAGCUCGCAUUCACGCCAUGUCCAAGGAGAUCAAGCUGAUUGUGGUGGUCCGAGAUCCAAUUACCAGGGCCAUCUCAGACUACACUCAGAUUAUAUCCAAGACUCCCAACAUCCCCAGCUUUGAGAACCUUACCUUUAAGAACAGGACUACAGGGCAGAUAAACUCUCUCUGGAGCCCCAUCUGGAUAGGGAUGUAUGCUCAGCACCUGGAAAGGUGGCUGACCUACUUCCCACUGUCCCAGAUCCACUUUGUCCAUGGGGAGAGGUUGAUCAGCGAUCCAGCUGGAGAGCUGGGCCGAGUGCAGGACUUCCUUGGCCUGCAGAGGAUCAUAACAGACAAGCACUUCUACUUCAAUAAGACCAAAGGCUUCCCCUGCCUGAAGAAGCCAGAAGGAAGCAGCAAACCACAUUGCCUGGGAAAGACAAAAGGCAGGACACACCCUAAAAUUGACCCAGAGGUUAUUCGGAGGCUCCGGGACUUUUACCACCCCCAUAACCAGAAGUUCUAUCAAAUGGCUGGGCAGGAUUUUGGCUGGCACUGAAGUGACUCUGUUUUAUGAAAGAUGAAACACAUUUACUUUUCUCUCCUUCAAGAACAUCUCUUUAUAGAUAUUGUUCUCUUUGAGUUUGGUUAUCCUUUGGAACAAACUGGAAUAUGCUCAAUGCACGAGGAUGAUGAUGCAAACAAGGUUUUUUUUUUUCCAACAAAAAACAUGACUAAACUCACAUUAUUAUCACUUUGGGACUUAAUGAAGUAGUGAAAACUUGGGGAAGCCUGAUAAAUCAGGAAUAUUUACAAAAUAUGCACACAUUUUUUGCUGAGUGUAAAAAAAAAAAAAUAAAAAAAAAAAUACUAAUUUAACAAAUAUCCCAAUAAUUCUUCUGUUGUGGAAGUGAAUUGUGCACUGAGAGAUAUAGUAAGGUUUGAUGUAGGAAUUCUGGUGCUGGCACCAAAGCUGUUGAGACAUCAUUAACAAAUUGUGUACCUGUCCAAUGGAUUGCUCAGCUCCUGUCCCAUUGUGUGUGACAUUGUGUGGAGCAAGGUAUUUGCUCUGAUCACCCAAUUUUCUGCAGAAAUAACUUGCGCUAUUGAAAUGUUAAAAAAGUAUCUGUCCCAUAGGAGGGGCCUUUUUGCUUCUCUUGUCCAUUGUGUGUGACAAUAUGAGCAAGGUCCUUCUCCUGUGUUUCUGCAGAAAUUACUGUUACAGCCCCCAAAGUAAUGUUGAGGCUGAGUCUAUAGAGGUGUUGUAUAUCAGACAAAUACAUGUUUUUCCCUCCUGCAACUCAUGUAUAAAUAGAAAGCAAUGGCAGUUCACCAUUUUAUAUAUCAUUUAGCAAUUUAAUGCCUUAGAUAUUUCCUACCCAUUGCAUUAUUUUGUUUUGGUCAGCAUCUGUUCAGCAGUAUUGGAAUAAUCACUGUAAAUCAGCCAAAGAAAAAAUAAACAUAAUAGGGUAUGUCUUGUCUGCUGCUUUCCAAAAUAUCACUCGGUCAGGUCAACUCAAGUGCAGAAUUCAUAUUUGCAUUCAGAGGUUAUUUAGAA